UUUACUAUUAUAAAAAUGAUCGUAACGGAAAUCAAUUUGGAAGAGUUGUUUUUUUCUCUUCUGUUGAGACAAUGCUCGGGCGAGAGUAGGGGUCGAAAAGGGCGUGUUUGGAGAAAGGAGAUCACCAGGAAGUCAAACAUAUAUAACGUGGAGAACCCCUCAUGUGCACACACUCUCACUGAAACGGUUCACCAGAUCAUCUCUCCCACCAUGAAAUUCCUCGUCUUGACACUCCUGGCUAUGGUAGCCGUCGCCCGAGGUGAACGCGGGCAAGAGAAGCGCGGUGUGGCCGCGGGGCAGCAGACUUACGCCGCCCCCGCGUCCAUCGCUUACUCUAAAGUGCAGCAGCCGGUGGCCAAAGUGGCCGCCGCGCCCGGGCAGUACUAUCAGCCGCAGCCCCAGGCCUACGCCUUCCCGGCCCAGCAAUACCAGCCUCAAACUGUGGCCUACCAGUCCGCCCCUCAGCCCGCUGCUAAGCAGGUGGUCGCGUACAAGCAGCCCUACUCCUUAGCCAACGAUGUCUCGUCUUUCACGUACUCAAGCCCCGUGGUGACUUACAACAACCUGGGGCUGCUUUCACAAGUCGUGGGGAAAUUAGCUGGGGCUCAUCAAGCUAAAGCUGCAGCUCCCGCACCAGCCCCUGUCGCGUACCAAGCUCCAGUACAGAAGUUUGCUUAUUCUCAACCGGCCCAACUCGCGUACGCCCAAGCCCCUCAACAGAAAAUUGUCGCCGCAGCCCCUCAACAGUAUUUCGCUCCUGCUCCAGCGCCACAACAAGCCUACGUCUCAGCGCCACAACAAACCUACGUCUCAGCCCCACAAGCUCAGACUUAUCAAGCGGCACAGACCUACACCGCACAAACAGCCCCACAAAGCAUUUAUUCACAAGCCCCCCAGUAUUAUAGUGUGCCCCAAGCUAAACAAGCCACUCCAGGAGUCGGAUACGCUCAGUGAUGAGGAGAUUUAGUCAUUUUUGUACAUAUUUAUAGUUGUUACGUACCGUGAGGUGUUAUUUAAUAAAGGAUUUUUUUAAUC